CCAGGCCCAGAAUCCACAAACCCAACAGGGCCUAUAGAAAAGAAAAAUAAACCCGAACGAGUUCGCCAGCAGCCCCCAAAGCCGCAGGCGAGAGAGAGGAAGGGAGAAGAAGAAGAAAAAAGAUGGCAUCGUCGGCCCGCGCCGCCGCCUCCGCCGCGAGAUCGGCUCUCCGCCGGGCGCCCCUCGCCGCCUCGUCCUCCUCCUCCGCCGCCGCCGGAGCCGCCGGGAUCCUCCGCAGGUCGGCGGCGGCGGGCCUGGCGACGCGGGUGCCCCUGCACAGCGCGGCGCGCCUGGGAUCCUGCGUCACCCGAGAUGGCAACAAUGCUUUCUCAUGGAACUCCAGGCGCAUGUUCAGUUCAAAUGAGAAACAUCUGCCUCCAAUAUCUGACCCGGAAAUUGAGACUGCAUUUAAGGAUUUGAUGGCUGCCAGCUGGAAUGAGCUUCCGGGUUCUCUCGUUGAGGAAGCAAAGAAAGAAGUAUCUAAAGCUACUGAUGAUAAGGCUGGUCAAGAAGCUUUGGAAAAUGUAUUUCGUGCAGCUGAAGCAUGUGAAGAAUUUAGUGGAGUUUUAGUUACCCUAAGAAUGGCUCUUGAUGAUCUUUGUGGUCUAACCGGUGAGAAUGUGGGCCCCUUGCCUGGUUACUUAGAAGAAGCUGUGAAAUCCGCCUAUAGCCGAUACAUGACAUAUCUGGAAUCUUUUGGUCCUGAAGAGCACUAUCUACGGAAAAAAGUGGAGACCGAGUUGGGGACAAAAAUGAUUCACCUGAAAAUGAGAUGCAGUGGCAUAGGGUCUGAGUGGGGAAAGAUCACCCUUAUUGGCACCUCAGGGAUCUCAGGGUCCUAUGUUGAGAUGAGGGCAUGAUGGAACUCUCAUUCCAGAACCAUGGCCAAACACUGAUGGUCUGACGGGAAGCUGCGUGUCGAUAUCAGAACCAGGUGUUCCGUUUCCUUUUAUCUUUCCCCAGUAGCUGCCAUGCCAAUAACAAGGAGAUCGUCAAAACAUGUGCACUCACUUUAAGUAGCUCUUUGCGCUCCAGACUUUCCUGCUGUAAUAAGUACAUGUUUCUGGAGGUUCCGUUGGUUUUGUUUUGUUGCUCAAACCAUGAUGGAUGGUCUUUGUACGUCUCGCAUGUUGAGAAACAAUAUAUUUGAAUAUGAUUUGUCUAUUUUGUGCA